AUGCCGAUAACAAGUAAAGGGUCAAGGCGGAGGGCGUGGGUCAGCGGUCCCUGUGUGUGUCCAAGCCUCUGGCGGCGGAAGCCACUCUAUUAUUUCUGCAUCGUCCUUGUUCUUGUUCAGUCCAAAACUGUCCUUGGAGCACUUGAACUCCAGCUGGAUGAAGAGCAGCCAGCAGGGACUAUUGUUGGGGACAUCAGUGCUGGGUUGCCACCAGGUGAAAGUGCCAGCCUUUACUUUAUCUCUGACCAUGAAGGCACCGGCGUUGGCAAUGAUCUCAACAUUGAUGAAACCACAGGAAUCAUUACCACUGCGCAGCGUCUGGACCGUGAGCAGAGGGACCACUAUAGCUUUAUCGCAGUGACCAUGACGGGAACCACAAUUGAGGUGUCAAUCACCGUAAAUGACAUCAACGACCAUGCGCCCGUGUUCCCCAAAAAGAAAGCUGCACUCAAGAUCCCUGAGCACACAGCAGUUGGGACUAGGUUUUCCCUGGAGCCUGCAACAGAUGCAGACAAGGACCAGCUGACCACCCAAGGCUAUGCGAUUAAAGAGGGAAAUGUAGGCCAGGCAUUCAAACUGGAGACCAAGCGAGCUGCCAACAAAGUGCUGUAUCUAGACCUUGUUGUGAAUGGACUGCUGGACAGGGAGAAACGCUCAUCCUACAGCCUUGUUCUGGAGGCCUUUGACGGGGGUUCACCAAGAAGGAUGGGAUCCAUGACUCUGGAGGUGACCGUGACCGACAUCAACGAUCAUGCACCGGUCUUCAAUCAGAGCAGAUACCAUGCCAUUAUCUCCGAGAGUCUCCCACAAGGCAGUAGCAUCCUACAGGUGUUUGCAGCAGAUGAGGAUGAGGGCGAUAACGGUCUUGUACUUUAUGAGAUCAACCGGCGCCAGAGUGAUCCCGACCGCUACUUUGUCAUGGAUGUCAAGUCUGGAAUCAUCACUCUGAACAGGCCCCUGGAUUAUGAACUGAAGAGAGUUCAUGAACUGGUGGUCCAGGCCAGAGAUAAUGCCAGCCACCCUGAGGUGACCAAUGCAUUUGUGACCAUUCAUGUCCGUGACUUCAAUGACAACCAGCCCACCAUGACCAUCAUCUUCCUCAGUGAGGAUGGCUCUCCUAGGAUCUCUGAAGGGGCCCAACCAGGCCAGUACGUAGCUCGAAUAUCUGUCACCGACCCAGACUACGGAGAGUACGCCAACGUGAAUGUGUCCCUCGAGGGGGGCGAUGGGAAGUUUGCUCUCACGACCAAGGACAGCAUCAUCUAUCUCAUAUAUGUGGACCAGGUCUUAGACAGAGAGGAGCGGGAUUCGUAUGACCUCAGGGUGAUGGCCACAGACUCCGGCACACCUCCCCUCAGAGCGGAGUCAUCCUUCACCAUCCAGGUGACUGAUGUGAAUGACAACCCCCCUCUGUUCGACCAGCAGGCCUACAGACAGACUAUUCCUGAGGUUGUGUACCCGGGCUCCUUUGUUCUUCAGGUCACUGCCAGGGACAAGGACCAGGGCCCCAAUGGAGACAUCAAAUACAGCCUCCUCAAGGGCAAGAACUCGCACUCUGAUUGGUUUUCCAUUGACCCAGACACAGGGAUAAUUACCACGGCCAUGGCUCUGGAUUUCGAAUCAGAGCCGGCACCGAGUGUGACUGUGGUUGCGACGGAUAGCGGCCGGCCGCCACUUUCAUCCACAGCAAAGGUGGACAUAGUCCUGCAGGAUGUUAACGACAACACACCUGUGUUCUCCAGCAGCUUCUACAAUGCAUCCAUCAAGGAGAACACUCCAGCUGGGACCUGCUUCUUAGAGGUGUCGGCCGCAGACCAGGAUCGUGGUUCCUUUGGCGCUAUAUCCUACACCCUGGGCUCAGGAUCUGGAAGUGCAGUACCAUCACACUUUACUGUAGACAAGGAGACGGGGCAGCUUUGCACCAGUGCAGCUCUGGACCGGGAUGAUGGAUUGGACAAGUUUGAUUUGACUGUCACUGCAACAGACGGCGGUGGUCUAAGCUCAGUCGCCCGUGUGAGGGUCACUGUGGUGGACAUCAAUGACAACCGGCCCGCCUUCUAUCCAGUCCUGUACACCGUCAGUCUCAGUACCCAUAGUGCUCCAGGAACCUCUGUCGUGAAGGUGACAGCAGUUGACCCAGAUGCUGGAGAAAAUGGGAGGGUGACCUACCGCACGAUACCUGGAGGAGGCUCUGCUUUCUUCACCCUCAACAAGGACACAGGUGUGAUCUCUCUCUCUCGCUCACUCCACGGCAAAGCCAACACGGUGAUCUCUAUGGUGAUAUCAGCCGAGGAUGGUGGCGGGUUAACGGCCCCGGCUAAUGCCAGAGUGAACGUGAGUGUGGUGGGAGGUUCUGUGGCAUCUCCGGUGUUCGAACAGGCUCAGUAUUUCUUCACCGUGUCUGAGGAUGUUCUCAGGGGGACGGCAGUGGGAGUUGUUCGUGCUGCCACCAAGACAGGCGGUGCUAAGGAUAUCUUCUACUCCAUUUCCUCCGGGGACCCAGAUGGCUACUUCACAGUAGACAGUGCCUCAGGUACCAUCCGCACUGCCCUUCCGUUGGACCACGAAACCUGCUCCAGUCUCGAUCUAGAGAUCCAAGCACGCUCCGGUUCUCCUCCAGCGUAUGGAACCAGCCGAGUACGAAUAACCAUCUCAGAUGUGAAUGACAACGCUCCAACCUUCCUCCCUUCCUCAUCGGAGUCCCUCCUUCUACCUGAGAUCACCAAGAUGGGGACUGUUAUCUACACCAUCCAAGCCACCGACAAGGACUCCGGACAUAACGGUCAGCUCAGCUUCGAUCUGGUCUCAGCUGGGGCCGCAGGUAGCAGCGGUCAGAGGACGUUCGGUGUCGACCGAGGUAGCGGAGAGGUGCGUCUGAUUGGGAGUCUGUCAUAUGAGAGUGUCCCACGUUAUGACCUCCAGGUGGUGGGUAAGGAUGGUGGAGCCCCUCAGCUCAGCUCCACCUUCACCCUCGUAGUCCACAUUCAAGCGCAAGACGCUCAAGGCCCCAACUUUGACACCCUGACAUACCGCGUGGAACUCCGGGAAAACACACUGCUCAACACGCGCUUCCUUCAGGUUCGAGCUCUGAACAGAGAGGCCUCUGGGAAUGGUGGAGGCUCUUCCUCAUCCUCUGCUUCCUCUAUUUCUUACCGCCUCAGGCCAGACGGUGACGCUGCAGGUUUUGGCAUCAUGCCUGAUAGCGGUUGGCUGUUUGUUCGAAGCUCUCUGGACAGAGAGGUUAAAGACAUGUAUCUGCUGACCGUUCUGGCCACUUCAGGCCCAGGAGGGAUUGGGAGGACUGGAAGUGCCACAGUCAGGGUGACUGUGACGGACGAGAAUGACAAUUCGCCAAGACUGAGCCAGGAGAGGGUCUUCCUGGCUGUCAGGGAGAACUUGCUGGCAGGGACGGGCUUUGGAAGGGUUUCUGCGACAGACAGAGACGCUGGACUAAAUUCCAGACUCACUUACCGGCUGCUGCACUCGGACAGGCACUUCCAGAUUAACUCACAAACAGGCGAGAUCAGCACUCGCCUUGCUCUGGACAGAGAGCACCAGUCCAGCUACCAGCUCAUUGUGGUCGUUCAGGACGGAGGGACGCCUCCUCGCAGUGCCACUGGUACGGCUCACAUCACCGUGCUGGAUGAAAACGACCACGCCCCCAGUUUCACUCAUGCCAGGCCGGACAGGGAGCUGCUGCUUCAGGUUAUGGAGGGUCUGCCAUCUGGGACAGUCGUAGGGAUCCUCACAGCCAAAGACCCUGAUGAGGGAGAGAAUGGGACUGUGUACUACUCUUUGUCAGGCUCCAGAGCUGAGCGUUUCUCCCUCAACCCGACCAGUGGUGAGCUGAGAACAGCUUCCCCUCUGAGAAUGGCGGAACGGUCUGAGUACGCCUUCACUGUUACUGCUGCUGAUCACGGCACACCAGGCCUCAGCUCCUCCUGCCAGCUUCGGAUACAGGUCCUCAGCUCCUCCAGGUCAAACCCCAAGCCCAACCUGCUCCAAAUGACCCUGAACACAGUAGAAGGAGCCGCUCCAGGCUCCAUAAUUGGCUCCGUGCGCCCACCUGACCAGCAUGAGUCUGCCCUGUUGGAAGGUCAGGUGACCUACCUGGUGGUUGAAGGAACAGACCGAGACGGGACGUUUAUGGUCGAUCGUUUAAAGGGGGACGUGAUCCUGGUACGAGAGCUGGACUACGAGAAAGGGUCGAGGUACACGCUGCAGAUCGAGGUGUCCGACUUCUCGCAGGCGUUUCCCAGCAGCCACCUGGUGCAGCUGGAUAUCAACGUGCAGGACAGCAAUGACCACAGCCCCAUGUUUACUGAAGACCCUGUGACCAUAGUGAUCCCGGAGAACAUGGAGCCAGGGGCUUCCAUUUAUACCUUCCAGGCUUUGGAUCAGGACGGCAGUGGACCCAACAGUGAGCUACUCUACUCCAUCGAGCACCACUGGCCUAACACGCCUGACCUCCUCAUGCUCGACCCCGCCAGUGGUGUCCUCACCCUCGGGCAGACGUUGGAUCGUGAGGUGACACCCUCCCUGUACCUCGUGGUGCGGGCCACAGACCAGGCGGUGGAUCCCUCUGAGAGACGCUGGGGUUCAGUCACUGCCCGAGUUUUUGUGACCGAUGAAAACGACAACGCUCCAGUGUUUAGCUCUCCGUCAGCGGUCAGCGUCAUGGAGGAUCAGCCUGUAGGGUUUGUGAUUUUGUACGUAAUGGCUCGAGAUGAAGAUGAAGGAGAAAAUGGAAGAGUCUCUUACAGAAUCCAGGCAGGCAACAGCGCCGGUCGCUUCAGUCUGAACCCAAACACUGGCUCUCUCUCCAUCCUGAAGGCCUUGGACCGGGAAGAGCACGAGGUCUACAAUCUGACCAUCGUAGCAGAGGAUCAUGGGAUACCUCAGCUCUCCACAUCCCAGGUGUUGUGCGUGCAGGUGAUCGAUGUUAACGAUGAAGCUCCGGUGUUCCAGCGAGCGGAGUUUGAGACCCAGGUGAUGGAAAACCAAGGACCGGGGACUACCGUGUUGAAAGUGACCGCCACCGACAAAGACCAAGGAUCAAACGGGCAAGUGACAUACGGAGGUGUGACAGAGGAAGGCUUCAUCAUCAACCCUGUGACAGGAGUCAUCACCACCACGAGGGAGCUGGACGCAGAGCUGCAGAACCACUACACGCUCACUGUCUAUGCGAGGGAUGGAGGGUUGCCUCCCAACUUUGCUAAAGCUGUGGUUCGUGUGGAGGUGCAGGAUGUGAACGACAACACUCCGGUUUUUGCAAAGUCGUGGUAUGGACUGGAUGUGCCGGAGAACCAGGCAUCUGUAGAGCUGUGCUUUCUGAAGGCAACAGACCCGGACUCAGGUCCUGGUGGAGAGCUGGAGUACAGGAUCACUGCUGGGGACCCUGAUGGAGAUUUCCACCUCCACAGCAGCACAGGAGCCCUCUCCACCUCACGCAGCCUCGACAGAGAGGCAAAGGCUGAAUAUUCCUUGGAAGUGGUGGCAACAGACAAAGGCAGCCCUGCUCUCAGUUCGACUGUGACAGUGGAAGUCAAAGUGCUGGAUGUUAAUGACAACAGCCCGGUUUUUAAUAAAGGUAGCUACUCUGUGGAGUUAUCAGAGGACGCUGCGGAGGGGACCCAAGUUCUGGAGGUGGCUGCUGUAGAUGCAGAUGAAGAUCUGAAUGGGAAAGUUAUUUACUUCCUGAGCAAAGACGCACAUGGAGCAUUCACUGUGGAUGAGAACACGGGUGUCAUCACUACAGCUGCAGCUCUGGACCGGGAAAAACUGGCGUCAUACAGCUUCAAGGUGUUUGCAGUCGACCUUUCACCUGCUGCACCCAGGAAUUCCUCUGCUCAGGUGACAGUCACUAUCCUAGACGUCAACGACAACACUCCCAUCUUCAUCCAGGAUCCGCUAGUCAUUGAAGUGUCCAGCAAGCGUUCCCAAAGGGUCCUAGCCACCAUGAAGGCUGAAGACAAGGACUUUGGAGCCAACGGUUCUGUGUUUUACCGUUUUGCCAUGCCAGUGAAGGGCUUCAGCAUCAACUCACUGACCGGGGAGAUCCAGGCCACAGAGCCACUGGGAGAUCUGACUCAGGCUCAGAGGACUCUGAUAGUGGAAGCCAUGGACCAGGGCAGUCCAGCUCAGUCCGCGCAGGGAGUGGUGGUGAUAUACGUGAAGGAGGUGGAGUACAACGGGAUCCGCUUCUCUCGGAACGCCAGAGAUGUCAGCAUACAGGAGAACGCUGCAAAAGGCACAGCCGUGGCUCAAACUCAGGCUCAACACCCGGAUGGUACUCGUAAAGGCAUCAGUUACAGCCUCUUCAGUGGGAACAGACAACAGGCCUUCACCAUCAGCUCCUCAACAGGUGAAAUCAGGGUGCAGAGCUCCAUGGGUCUAGACUUUGAGGACACCCCCAGACUCCGUCUCGUUAUCAAAGCUGAAACCGUGUCCUCUACGUCUUACAUGGCUGUAAACCUGAUCCUGCAAGAUGUCAAUGACAACCUUCCUCGCUUCCAACUGCAGAAUUACGUGGCCUACAUGAAAGAAGCACAAGGAUAUGAAAUGCCAAUCAUACAGGUGCUGGCUGAGGAUGUGGAUCAGGGCCAGAAUGGUCAGGUGACCUACUCCAUCCAGUCAUCAGGCAUGAGCGGCUUGUUCAAAAUCGACCCGGUGACUGGAAGCAUCACCACUGCGGCCAUCAUGGACCGAGAGAUUUUCACCCAGACCAAGCUGGUAGUUACAGCAACUGACCGAGGAAGUCCUCGACUUGCUGGGUCUGCCACAUUGACGGUGAUCAUCGUUGACCAGAAUGACAACAGCCCCACUAUUCCCCUUCCCAAGGAAGUCCGCAUCCCAGAGAAUAUGCUGAUCGGCACAGAGAUCACUCUUGUGACAGGUAAUGACGUUGACUCCAGCCCGGCCCUCUCCUACUCCCUGCAGCUGGACCCGACAGCGUUAGGCAAGUUUGGAAUUCACCGCUACAGUGGAGGUGUUUCACUCACAGCCCCUCUGGACUUUGAGGAAAAGACCUGGUACACCCUGACUGUCAGAGCCACCGACAGCCAGCACCAGACUGAAGCCAACAUUACAAUACUGGUGGAGGAUAUUAACGACAAUGCACCUGCAUUCACCCAUGAUCUCUAUCAGGUAACUCUGCCUGAGCACACGCCACCAGGAAGUGCUGUUGUCACUGUAACAGCAACUGACAGAGACUCUGGAGACAAUGGAAAGAUCACCUAUAGAGUGAUGUCAUCAACCCAGGGAGGUUUCUACAUCGACCCCAACAACGGAACCCUGUUCAUCAAUCACAGAGCUGAGUUCGACCCUGAGCGUCCGUCAGUAAGUGUCGUCAUUGAAGCUCGUGAUGGUGGUUCGCCUUCACUCUUCUCCCUCACCACCGUCCAGGUCCAAAUCUCUGAUGUCAACGAUAAUGCUCCUGUGUUCCACCAAUCAGAGUACAGGGCCACAGUCUCAGAGGACACCAUCCUAGGGUCCACAGUCCUGACUUUUGAGGCCUUCGAUAGCGACCUUUCCCGUGAAAACUGUGGCUUUGACUUUGCCAUCGCCAGUGGCAAUGAGGGGAACGCUUUCCAGAUCGAAAGCAGCGUUCGCUUCUUGGAGGGGCGGGGCUUCCAGACAGUGGGAACUCUGCUGUUGGCUGAGGGGCUUGACUUUGAAACCAAGCCCCUUUACAACCUCACUGUAGUGGUUUCAGACCGCGGUGUCCCCCAGAGGAGUUCCAGUGUUGCUGCAGUGAUAACCAUCGGUGACGUGAAUGAUAACCCUCCAGUGUUCAGCCGGGCAGAAUAUGCUGUGUCGCUCAGUGAGGGAGCUGCUGCUGGGACUGAGAUAAUACGACUUUCUGCAACAGACCCAGACUCAACUCCCAACGCUGAGGUCCAGUACACUAUCAGCUCUGGGGAUGAGGUUAACUUGUUCACCAUGGACCAGUGGACUGGAGCGUUACGUCUCCAGCGAACACUCGACCGAGAGCACCAGUCCAACCAUAUCGUCAUCAUCCAGGCCACAGAUGGACAGGGUCACUUCGCACUGGCUCCAGUUUUUGUGGAAGUGAAAGACGUAAAUGAUAAUCAUCCAUUCUUCCCUGUGGAAGUCCUGACAGCUAGUAUCAGAGAAAACCAACCAGCCAACUCAGCCGUGACUGUUCUACAUGCCAUCGAUCAUGACACGGGCGUUUUUGGCCAACUUAAAUACUACAUGAUGGAGCGGUCUGGGACGGGAAAAGACAGCUUUGCAGUGGAUCAAAACUCUGGAGAAAUCAGGAGCAAAAUCCCCUUUGACUUUGAAAAGAUCAACUCCUUUAACUUUGUAGCAGUGGCGGUUGAUUCAGGAAACCACUCUGCCACCGUAACUGUCCAAGUGUUUGUUACAGGUGUGGAUGAGUACGACCCCCUCUUUAUAUCCUCUGAUUUCUCCUUUGAAGUCCCAGAGGGAGCAAAGAAAGGCCAGAGCAUUGGCCAGGUCCAAGCCAAUGAUGAAGAUGAAGGGGUGGAUGGUAUUGUUCUUUAUUCUAUUCCAACUAGCUCGCCGUACUUUGAUGUCAACAAAACCACUGGAGUGAUUUUCCUCAAGCUGGACAGUUCAGGCAGCAGUAGCAGCAGUGGCUCUGGGAGGACCAAGCGAGAAACCAGGCUGAUGACCGUGGAUGUGAAAGCUCAUAGUCCUCUGGAUACAUCUCGCACCACUUCAUCCCAGGUCUCCAUCGAUGUUACAAACACCAACUUUGGCCUGGCUCCUGAUGUCAAUGUCCUGCUGAUCAGCAUCAUCGCUGUGUCUCUUGGUUUCAUCGUGUUGCUGGUGGUCAUGGCUGUAGUGGUGUUCCUCGUCAAGUCACGCAGACGAAAGAAGGCCCAGGAUGCAGGAAACAGAACUGUUGCCUCAGGAACUGCUCUUCAGAAACUGGACGAGUGCAACUCCGGACAAGGAGGGGACAGGAUCUACCAUCAGGCACUGCCAGGGUAUGCUGGAGAUCAAGGAGCUGGUGGUGGUCCUUACACCAGAGGGGGCUCUCUGGAUCCUUCUCACUCCAGUGGAAGAGGGUCAGCUGAGGCAGCAGAGGACGAUGAGAUUAGGAUGAUUAACGAGUACCCCCGAGUUGCCUCCAUUACCUCAUCCAUGCAGGAGCACAUCUCAGCCAGAGGACCAGACUCUGGAAUCCAGCAGGACGCUGACCAGCUCUCUGAUAUCUCCUGUGAACCUGCAGCUUUGGAGGGCAGUACCUGGUUCAAAGGAAAGAAACUGGGAGGCAGUCUGAGUGGGACCUUGCUCUCUGGCCAGCUCCCAGUUUAUAGGGAUGAGGGAGGUGGAUACCUAGGAGUAGGACGUGGCCUAAACAUCUCCCUUCCAAAGGAUUAUGCCUUUCCUGAAGACGGUAAACCUGCAGUGGAUGGUUCUCUCACAGCGAUUGUUGCCAGUGAUGAGGAGCUACGUGGAAGCUACAACUGGGAUUACCUUCUAAACUGGUGCCCCCAGUUCCAGCCUCUGGCCAACGUCUUCACAGAGAUUGCCAGGCUGAAAGACGAAACAGCCCAGCAGAGCCAGAACCCUCGCCAGCCCUUCCAGACCAAGCACAAACUGGAUCCGAAACCAAGAAUCGACCCUCCACCACUCAUCACAUCUGUAGCCCACCCUGGAGCCAUGUCAGUGCCACCAAAGGUCCCAGUGAUUGGACGGACAUUCCCCCACUUGGCCUCGCUGCGUAGGUCUCCUAUCAGUCACGAGGGGUCCAUUUCAUCGGCAGCAAUGUCCCCGAGCUUCUCCCCUUCUCUGUCUCCUCUGGCAGCUCGAUCUCCGGCUGUGUCACCAUUUGGAGUCAACCAAGGGCCGUCAGCCUCCAUGAUCAGCACCAGAGAGCCCUCACUGGACCAAAGUCCUGAUCAUGAGAUGAGAAUAUGA